UGUGAACAGAACCCCUCACUCCACAUCCAACACCAUGACCAACUCCUGCUGCUCCCCUUGCUGCCAGCCCACCUGCUGCAGGACCACCUGCUGCAGGACCACCUGCUGGACACCCAGCUGUGUGAGCAGCUGCUGCCAGCCCUGCUGCCAGCCCAGCUGCUGUGGCUCCAGCUGCUGCCAGCCUUGCUGCCAGCCCACCUGCUGUAGGACCUGCUUCCAGCCAAGCUGUGUGAGCAGCUGCUGCCGCACACCCUGUUGCCAGCCCUGCUGCUGUGUGUCCAGCUGCUGCCAGCCUUGCUGCCAGCCCAGCUGCUGCAAGCCCUGCUGCUGCAAGCCUUGCUGCCAGCCCAGCUGCUGCAAACCCUGCUGCUGCAAACCCUGCUGCCAGCCCUGCUGCUGCAAGCCCUGCUGCCAGCCCUGCUGCUGCAAGCCCUGCUGCCAGCCCUGCUGCUGCAAGCCCUGCUGCCAGCCCUGCUGCUGCAAGCCCUGCUGUCAGCCCUGCUGCUGCCAGCCCUGCUGCUGCCAGCCCUGCUGCUGCCAGCCCUGCUGCAAGCCCUGCUGCCAGCCCUGCUGCUGCAAGCCCUGCUGUCAGCCCUGCUGCUGCAAGCCCUGCUGCUGCAAGCCCUGCUGUCAGCCCUGCUGCUGCAAGCCCUGCUGUCAGCCCUGCUGCUGCAAGCCCUGCUGCCAGCCCUGCUGCUGCAAGCCCUGCUGCCAGCCCUGCUGCUGCAAGCCCUGCUGUCAGCCCUGCUGCUGCAAGCCCUGCUGCUGCAAGCCCUGCUGUCAGCCCUGCUGCUGCAAGCCCUGCUGCCAGCCCUGCUGCUGCAAGCCCUGCUGCCAGCUCUGCUGCUGCAAGCCCUGCUGCCAGCCCUGCUGCUGCAAGCCCUGUUGCUGCAAGCCCUGCUGCCAGCCCUGCUGCUGCAAGCCCUGCUGCCAGCCCUGCUGCUGCAAGCCCUGCUGUCAGCCCUGCUGCUGCAAGCCCUGCUGCUGCAAGCCCUGCUGUCAGCCCUGCUGCUGCCAGCCCUGUUGCAAGCCCUGUUGCUGCAGGCCCUGCCUCAAGCCCUGCUGUGAGCCCUUCUGCCUCAACCUGUGCUGCCAGCCAGCUUGCUCUGGACCUGUGACCUGCACCAGGACUUGCUACCAGCCCACAUGUGUCUGUGUGCCUGGCUGCCUGUCCCAGGGCUGCGGGUCCAGCUGCUGCGAGCCCUGUGGCUGUUGAUCAACUUACCACAGACCCCACAUCUACAUAAAAUAGCCUUCUACCAUCAAAUCUGCCUGAUGACCAUACAAUGCCAAACUCGGUGCUCUUUCUCUGAAAAUAAGCCUUACGCUGUCUAAAAAUAUCUCAUUAGCAGAUUUGUGUGUUUUCUCAGUUUUCUUAUCUAUUGUGUUCCUCCUCAUCCCUUUGGUUCUUUGUCAAAGGCAUCUGCGAUUAACCUGGAUUCACAGUUCCAACCUUGGAAAAUUUGCUUACCUCAUUUUCAACUUAUAGAAGGGUUAUAAAAUCAAAAGAAGAAAGAAAGCACUCCGAUUUUCCCCCGCAUUAGUCACCAUUCCAUUUCCAUGUGUUUAUAAUUACUGUGACUCACCUUGUAACUCAUUCGUAAAAACUUUGCGUCGUCUGGCUAUUUGGAAGGCUAUUAUCUAUGGUUUACUAAUAAAGUCCUCACUUGA